AUGGAGUCUAACAACCGAUUUAUGAUUGGUGUUUUUGGUCCUACAGGUGCCGGCAAGACUAAAUUAGGAGUCUCCAUAGCCAAGUCCGUCCAUGGCCAAGUCAUCUCGGUUGAUAGUUUGCAGUGUUACUCCCCCGGGAGUAUUAUCACUGCUAAGCCUUCUCCUGAAGAAACGGAUGGAAUCGACCACCAUAUGAUCGGAUAUUUGGAGGCUGACGAGGAGCCAACAAAUUUCGUGGCAGAAGCAAUCGAAACAUUGGAGAAACUCUGUGACCACGGGAUUAUACCUGUAGUCGUUGGAGGCUCAACAUCGCUCACUUUGCCUCUCCUGCAAGAUGCGUUGAACCGUGGAUGGCGUAUGGCUGCUAUCACUCUGCUGCCGCACCAGUCUACCUAUCUUAGCAACAUCGCAUCCAGACUGGAUGACAUGGUAGAUGCAGGCCUUUUGGAAGAACUUUCAGGUUUGAAACUCCUCGAAGACAAGUAUCUGAACGAAAAACCCAACUUUCGAAAGGGUGUUUGGAAGGCAAUUGGCUAUCAGGAAUUGUACCCGUAUCUUGAGGCUCAGAGAGGCGGCGGACAGUACGAUCAGCUGCUCAAGACUGGGCUGGCCUCGAUGAAAGAAAAUACCUUUCAAUAUGGGAUGAUGCAACUAGAAUGGAUUCGCCAAGAACUCUGUCCGUUUCUUCACGCCGAGAAAAUUGCGAACGUGAGCCUUACGGUUGUUGACAAGACAUCUUGGAUCUCGGAUGUUGAGAAACCUGCGAUUCGAAUGGCGAGUGAUUUCUGCCACGCUUCAGCCUCGAUCAAUCUCCGUUCUAUCAACGGAGCAAGGCCUCGAGUACUAUGCAUCUUUGGUGGUUCGUCAUCUGGUAACGAGCCGGCCCAUAUAGAAGCCGCCAAGUCACUCGGCAGAGUCUGUCACGAAAACAGCAUCAAGCUUGUGUACGGAGGCGGUACCACUGGAGUGAUGGGCGCAAUCGCAAGCACUCUCGUUGAACUUUCUGGACCUGAUGCUGUUCAUGGUAUCAUUCCCGAGGCACUGCUGAAAUACGAAGCCAAGGAAUUGGGAAGACAUCCUAAGGAUCCUACUUGCGCCAGGUACGGUAAACGGACUGUUGUUCAGGAUAUGCAUACUCGAAAGCGCUUGAUGAUCCAAGAGGUGAUUGAUGGGGGCGAGGGAAGUGGUUUCGUUGCGCUGAGUGGAGGCUAUGGCACUCUCGAAGAGCUCUUUGAGGUGACAACUUGGCAUCAGCUAGGUAUCCAUGACCGUGGUGUCUGUCUGCUCAACACGGGUGGGUUUUUUGACGGGCUUGUCGAUUGGCUAGCCAACGUGGUCCAGAAAGGCUUCAUUGGCCUAGAGGAUGCUGCAAUUCUUAACAUUGCCAGUACAGCUGAUGGGGCUGUCAAGUGCUUGGAUCACAAACCUGGUUUUUCUCGCAAGGGUGUACUAGAUUGGGUCUAG